AUGGAUUUCAGUAUCAAACCACUGCUCAGCUUCCUUCUAUCCGUCUACUGUCAACUCAUUCUAUCGUCGGCGGCGAAGACUCCAUGGAUUCAGGCAGGAUACUGGUCGUCGGACCGAGGCUUCCCCGUAUCCAGCAUCGACACGUCCUCAUUCACCCACCUCAUCUGCGGCUUCUCCACCGUCGACCCUUCUUCGUUCCAGCUCAUGAUUCCUCCUUCCGACGAGCCGUCGUUUUCCAACUUCACCUCCGCCGUCCGAUCGAAGAACCCAUCGAUCACGACCCUCCUUUCGAUCCGAUGCAACGGGACCAAUUUCGACAUUUUCUCUUCUAUGCUGAAGAAUUCCACUUCAAGAGGGUCUUUCAUCAACUCCUCCAUUGAUGUAGCUCGUCGGCUGGGGUUCCAGGGGCUCGAUUUCGCGUGGUCGUGUCCCGGGAAUCGCCGGUCGGUGGCGAACAUUGGCGACCUUUUCGACGAGUGGCGGGCUGCAAUUGAUCGGGAGGUAGCGGCCGGCAGCGAGGAACGAAGUAGCUCGACCGAUAGAAAGAAGAACGGUACUCUGCUCUUGACCGCAACGUUGUCGUUUUGGCCGAUUCCCGUGGUGUCGGCGAACCGGAGUUUGGAUUGGGUGCAUCUGAGAGCAGGCGAGUACCGUACGCCCAAAUCGGACAACUUCACGGCGGGUCACGCCGCCCUCUACGACCCGGCCGGCGGGACGGAUUCCGGGGUCAAGGAGUGGAUAGGGAAGGGACUUCCGGCGAGCAAGAUGGUCCUUUGUUUGGCCGCGUAUGGCUACGCGUGGACGGUUCGACGAGCGGCGGCUGCGGCGGGGAGUCAGGUCGUCGGAGUUGGGUCGCCGGCGGAAGGGCCGGCGAUCACCGGGAACGGGUUCUACCGGUACGCGGAUAUCAGGCGGUUUGUGGAGGCGAACCGGGCGCGGGUUUACUACAACGAGAGCUACGUGGUGAAUUACUGCUCGGUUGGGUCCACGUGGAUCGGGUACGAUGACGUGGAUGCCGUGCGGGCGAAGGUUGACUACGCUAGACGAAUGGGGUUGCGGGGAUAUGCCAUGUGGCAGAUACCCUACGAUGACAAUGGGACGCUCUCCCACGUUGCAGCUACCAAUGAUUUCUCCAUUCUGAACAAGCUUGGACAAGGUGGAUAUGGACCUGUUUACAAGGGGGUGUUGGCCGAUGAAGUGGAGAUAGCGGUGAAGAAGUUGUCGAGAAACUCGAGCCAAGGAGACGAGGAGUUCAAGAACGAAGUGAUACUCACAGCACAACUGCAACACGUGAACCUAGUCAGGGUUUUAGGGUACUGUAUCGACGAAGGAGAGCGAAUGUUGGUCUAUGAGUAUUUACCCGGCAACAGUUUGGAUCAGUACCUUUUCGAUCCAGUGAGGAGCUUGGCUUUGGAUUGGGCCAUAAGAGCGGAAAUCAUCGAAGGAGUCACUCAAGGACUUCUGUACCUCCAAGAAUAUUCCGGGCAAUCGAUCAUUCAUCGAGAUCUCAAACCGGGCAACAUUCUGUUGGAUUGUGACAUGAAGGCCAAGAUUUCGGAUUUCGGGAUGGCUAGGAUUUUGAAGAGAGAUUCAUCAGAAGCCAACACUGAACGUUUUGCUGGCACAAGAGCUUAUUGCCCUCCAGAGUAUCUGGAGAAAGGUGUCUACUCCAAGAAAUCCGACGUUUACAGCUUCGGGAUCCUUCUUCUGCAGAUCAUAAGCGGCAAGAGAUGUGUUACCCGCUAUGGCCCUCAUGGAGAUCUAGAGCUUCAUGUCUUCGCAUAUGAGAUGUGGAAAGAAGGUAGAGGGAUGGAGAUCAUGGAUCCUUCGCUGGACGACUCGAAUUCGCCUUGCAAGCUGGCGAACUGCUUGAGGAUCGCUCUGCUGUGCAUCCAGAGGAAGCCGAGGGACAGGCCGAGCAUGCAGGAGGUUUCUACGAUGCUCAGAGACCUCUACAGCAGCAGCAGUAGCAGCAGCAGUACCAGUGCAAUAACGGAUAAGAACGUCGGGAUCAAGGACGUGAGAUUCUUCAGCGACAUAGCGAGUAACGAUCGAUUGGCUAGUUCUCGUGAUUAUUCGACAAAUCAGCUCACAGUUACUGAGCUAGAGGCUAGACCAUGAUGAUGAACAGAAUGUUUAUAGCAAAUGAAAAUGUAUACAAUGCGUAAAUGUACUGAGUUGUAAAUUCAAAAGAAUUG